UAUAAUACAAACUCUUCUGUACUGUGCAGCACACUGAAUGUUUGUUUAGCUAUGCAGUGGCUACCUGCCAUUUAUUGUACGUAGGUGUUAGUAAUUGUAUUCAUUCUAGCAUUACUUGAUUGGCUUAAUGAUUGUGUCAGAUAAUGUGGUUGGUUGAAACAAAGGUUCCACCUUUUAUUAGCACUUGUCAAGUUAAGUGGUCAGUUUGUACAGCAGUAAAGCUACAGUACCAAGCUUCUGUAUCAAGCAACAGUACUAAAUGAUGAGCAGCGCCAAUAUGCACAAAUCCAAGCCUAGGCGGAUAAGCAAAGAGGUGCACAAAAUGAUAGAAGACAUGGCACAUACUGGAAUGACUGUUCCUGCUAUUCACCAAAAAUUACAGACUUUAGGGAUCACUGCAUCAAGACAAACUGUGCGUUAUCAUGCCAGUGGCAAGGCAAAAACAGGCUGCAACAGGCCAACUACGACAAAUAAUACAGUAUACAGACAAACGAUGUCUCUUGUGGAGGAAAUAACAAAGGAAAAUGAUGAAACCACUGCCAGACAAAUCAAAGUUUUCCUUGCUACAAAAUAUCAACAACACCUUUCACUUUCUACAAUUCGGCGGAUGCGUCGCAAGCUUGGUUGGAGAUAUGGAAAAGUCAGAUACUCUCCAAUGAUACGCGAUGUAAACAAAGAGAAGAGGGUGAUUCAGGCUCAGCAGUGGCUCAAUUCUGGUGAAACAUUUAAUGAUGUCAUUUUUACAGAUGAAACUUCUGUAGCUUUGGAGCGAUUUGCCAGAUUUGCCUUCAAUAGAAAAGACCAUCUGUCCAUUAAGCCACGACCAAAGCAUCCAGUAAAAGUUCAUGUCUGGGGGGGCAUUUCUCGGAAAGGUGCAGGACCACUUGUUAUAUUUGAAGGUAUAAUGGAUAAAGCAUUCUUUAUUGAAAAUAUUGUGGACAGUUCAUUAGUCCCAUACAUCCAGCAACAUUGGCCUUCCGGCCACAGACUGUUCCAGGACAAUGACCCCAAGCACUCUGCUGCUGCCUCCCACUUGGAGCUGCGGGGCAUAAGAUGGGAGAGAACACCCCCAGAGUCUCCUGAUUUUAAUGCUAUAGAAAUGAUAUGGGCAAACUUAAAGUAUCAUAUAAGGACAGUGUAUAAGCCUAAAACAAAAGAGGAACUAAUAAAUGGAAUACGGGAUUACUGGCUAAAUGUUUUAAGUGUGGACUUAUGCAAUAAAUGCAUCGAUCAUUUAGCAAACGUCCUGCCUGUUGCUAUAGAGAGAGGAGGACAGGCUACAGGGAUGUAAAAAUGAUUCACAUCGUGUGUGUAGCUUAAUAAAAAUAUGGCUAAUUUAGAGUAUAUUCAUUUACUGCAUUGGUGCGUUUGUUUUGUUUGGCUUCACAUACACUGUUUAGCAAUAAAUAGAUCUGCCUUGGGCUUGUACUGUCUGUGUAGUUUGAAUAAACAUUUAA